CUCUGGUUAAGUAUCUCACGAAGCCUUUGCGAGGGAGGGUAGGAGAGAGCAUGUCCCAGGAACGAGUGGUGUGCCUGCGUCUGCUUCUCCUCUUCAUUUCCCAUCGGUUCGAGUUUGCCUGAUCUGAACACUGCUAGCGCCUUCGUCUCUUCCUUUUCCUCGUCGUCUUUUCAUCGUCCUCUUUCUCUUUUCCUCCCUCAUACACUUCCAAACACAACGUAAAGACGAACUUCAUCCCACCCAACUGUGUAACGCCCUAUGGAACAUAGAUCCCACCUAACAUUUUGAGGCACAAGAGCAGCUGAAUGCUCCAAGAUCGUUCUUGGCAAGAGACCACAUCGAGGCUCUUCGUGGAACACUGGUAGCGUCGGCCGUGGCGGUAGUGCACGACUAGUGCCAGGAGUGGGUGUACCAAACGAAGAAGAAGUGGUUGUUGCAAUUGUGAGGGUGCCAGUGGUCCCAAGCAGACGUGCGACUUGCCAUCAAAUAGAGCAAAAGAGGCUUACCCAAAAAUGGAGUUUGGACCGUAGAAUAGCGGCAACCUUAGUUAGUAACCACGAUGGUGUUCCUGUUUUGGAUCUGGGCUUACCUGAUUGGGCUCACCCUUGGCAAUCCGGAUGCCAAGCGGUUGUACGACGACCUGCUCUCGAAUUACAACCGUUUGAUCCGACCCGUGUCCAACCACACCGAGAAAGUGACGGUCAAACUUGGCAUGAGACUCUCACAAUUACUCGAAUUGAAUCUCAAAGAUCAGAUCCUGUCCACCAAUGUUUGGAUGGAGCAUGAGUGGAAGGACUACAAGUUCAAAUGGGACCCCGAGGAAUAUGGAGGAGUCACAGAAAUAUAUGUUCCAUCUGAACACAUUUGGUUGCCGGACAUUAUAUUGUAUAACAACGCUGACGGCGAUUACAUUGUCACCACAAUGACCAAGGCUAUCCUCCAUUACGACGGCCUUGUGGUCUGGACACCGCCAGCCAUUUUUAAGUCUUCGUGUGAGAUCAAUGUGGAGUUCUUUCCAUUCGACGAACAAGAGUGUUUUCUCAAAUUCGGAAGCUGGACCUUUGAUGGAUUCCAGGUGGAUCUAGUGCACAUUAAUGCCGAAUUGGACAAUGAUACCGUGGCUUAUGGGAUGGAUCUGUCCGAGUAUUAUCCCAACGUCGAGUGGGAUAUCUUGAGUGUUCCAGCGCAACGCCAUGUCAAAAUAUACCCUUGCUGUCCGGAACCGUAUCCAGAUAUUUUUUUCAGUAUCAUAAUUAGGAGGAAGCCCCUCUUCUACACAGUGAAUCUAAUUAUCCCUUGUGUGGGCAUAUUCUAUCUCUCUAUCCUCGUAUUCUAUUUGCCUGCACAGUCUGGAGAAAAAACGGCUCUGGUCAUCGCAAUCCUUGUGUCUCAAACGCUCUACUUUAACUUGGUGAUAGAGGUUAUUCCUGCCACCUCAGUAACCUUGCCUUUACUCGGAAGGUAUCUUAUGUUCAGCACAAUACUCAUUGCCAUUGCGAUUGCUCUGACUUCCGUCAUCUUAAAUCUACAUUACCGGAAGCCUUCAACGCACAAAAUGCCCUCUUGGGUGAGACGAGUCUUUAUUCAGAAGCUUCCAGCCCUUUUGUUGAUGAGGGUCCCAAUCCAAGUGAUCAAGGACUCAAUGAGGGCGAAGAAGAGCAAAUUCCUCCGAAAUUCAGACCCAACUCAGCAAUGUGUUUAUGGCGAAGAACAGGAUGAGCCUGUGACGGUCAAAAGCAACUCUGAUUCAAAUCUACCCCGAGGUCAACAGGGUAAUAUCGGCUCAAAUCUAUCCCGACGUGAAAAUGGCAUGGAUGACCAGCUCAAAGGGCAUUUGAACGGGAUCUACCAUAACUUCUGCAAGAUCAUGUCCAAGACCAAGAAGCACGGUCCACGGGUGAACGAGCAUGAGAUUACCACACCGAUUGCUCCAGACUCUCCCAUGGAAGGGCCCUCCUUGUUCAAAUCACCUUUUGUAGUGGAGAAAGCAAUUCAUAACAUCAUGUUCAUCAAGCACCAUAUGCAACGACAAGACGAAUUUGAUGCGGAGGAUCAGGAUUGGGGCAUUGUUGCAAUGGUACUCGAUCGAUUGUUCCUUUGGGUGUUUGGAGCUGUUGCUCUCAUUGGGAGCGGUAUGAUCCUCACGGCAUCCCCAUUCAUCUUUGAAGAUAUCAAACCCAUUGAUAUUCUCUACUCCAAGAUUGCUCAAGAAGAAAGCAGGCUCUUUGAUGAGAAGAUAUUUGUCUAAACCAAACAACAAUUAAUAACCGUCAAACACAACACCAGUAAACGCUACUGGAUUCAGUAUUAUGGCAAGCAACCACACCGAAUAAGAAUGGUCAAUAAAUUAAACACCUCCUCCUCCUCCAAAUUCUCCUACGUAGCUCAGAGAACAUGAAUUAUAACCUCUCUUUACAUGGAUUUUAA